CAUGAUUGGUACUUUGACCGCGUUCCAGUGGUUGAUCUACGAUUCAUUCAAGGUUUCUCUUGGUCUUCCUACAACUGGUGGCCACUAGAUGGAUUGCAGGGAUUGCAAGGAUUUGACGAUUUGAUGAAUUUGGAGUUUGUUUUCACGAGGCGUUACGGAGUACAGACAAAGCCAGCGUAUAGCAACACUUCAAUCAAUCGGCCGACUUCCUUGACCCAUUUCCAUUUCAUCUACCCCUUUCAGCUACCCAUACAACCCGCAUUCCUAUUUCUCGGUCGCAGCCCCAGUCUCCUUCUCGGUCGCAGCCCCAGUCUCCUUCUCAGCCGGAUACCCAUCCGGAUUAUCCUCCCAGAACCUCAGAGCCUUCUCCGCGGCCUCUACGAUCGACUUCUCACUCCACAUCACCACGCCCUUCCUCUUCCGCCUCACCACACGCUCCUCAACCUCACCCACGACAUCAAAAUACGCCUUGGCCAGAUCCCGGAACGUAACCCCAUCAAGCAGCAGUCUCACACCAGCACUGUACUGCUCAUGAUCACUACUUCCCUUCGCUCUUUGCACUGCUCGUACCUUCCGAACGAUAUCGCUGUGAUAGUUGAUAUACGCUUUGAGGCGAAAGUAGCUGUCGAUCUCGUGCUGCUCGAGCUCGGUCAGCAUCUUUCGCAGGGGCUGGGUUGUGCUGCUGGUCGGUGCCGGGUGGGCUACAACGGCUUCGAGGGCGAAGAAGAGUGCUUGCGGGGCAAAGGGUAGCCCGUUGGAGAUGGCGUCGUGGGUGCGGUGG